UUCAGCAACGCAUUACUUUGCAUUUCUAUCGAAAUUAUUUCUAGUCUUAAAACAGCUUAAAGCCUCUCCACAAAUUUGUUUUGUGUGGUGACAGCCUAACGCUGUCCAAAAUAACCCAAUAAUGAGUGCAAUCACAAGUGAAUAUUUGAAAAACGAAACCAUCGCAUCUCAACCAUGGCCUCAGCGAGCCCAUCUCUACCAACCGUACGAGGAGCAGCAAAUCCUGCUGGCGGAAAAUGCCAGCUGUCUGGCGGUGCGCACCUAUCUGACGAUGUUGAACCUUCCCUUCAAGGUGGAAUUACGGGCCAAUGCUGAAUUCAUGUCGCCUGGUGGAAAGCGCACCCGGCUACCGGUCCUGCGGGUGGAAAAUUACACCUACGCCGAGUUCGAACACAUCCUGAACUUUGUCGAACUGAAGGGACUUUCGCUGACGAAAAAUCUGAACACGGAGCAGAAGGACGACAUGCGGGCGCAUUUGUGUCUGGUCGAGCAGAUUUUUACCAAUGCGGAGCAAUACAUAAGCUGGGUCGAUCCGGAGGUGCUGCAAAAGGUGACACGCCAACGGAACGGAAGUGUCUAUCCGUUCCCGUUGAAUCACAUUCAGAACUGGCGCAAGCAGAUGACGGUGCGCCGUCAGCUAGGCGUAGCUGACUUCCUGAACAUCACUCUCGACGAGGUCGUAGAGAAGGUGGAGAAGCUGUGCACGUCAUUAAGCAUGCAGCUGGGCGAUAAGAAGUACUUCUAUGGAAAUGAACCAACAGAACUGGACGCCCUCGUAUUCGGACAUCUCUUCAGCAUUUUCACCAUGACCCUCCCGAACAAUGUUCUCGCCGUUACGAUCAACCAGUUUAAAAAUCUGACCAAAUUCUGCAAGAACAUCGAAGAGGAGCACUUCAAAAAGGCGGCCGGUGUCCGUUAAGAGGAUUUUAAAUGUGUGUUGGAAA